CUUCCGAUGUUGGUCAAUACAUAUAUAAAAUUCGCGAUGAUAGUAUCAGACCGAGGAAUAUUCUCGGCGCAGAUAACGAGGAUGGAAUAGAAGCCAUACUCUCAGAACGUGAAGGCCAUUCCUUACAUGAGAUUAUUGAUGGCGAUGAACCACUCCGCCCUAUUAUAGAUUUUGAUUUAUUGCGAGAGAUACAUGAUUCCAUUGAACCUAAGCUCAGUGGCAAAGAG